AUGAGUACACGGAGGUUUGAAAGCUAUCAUAUUCCUAGUCGCCGCAGUUUCGUACCGCAUGUUUUUCUGUGGUCGUUGUUUGAUGGUUCCGUGUGUAGUGUGUGUGAGUGGUGUCACUUCAGAUGCUUCAGAGCCACGGCUGGUCGCAACUGGCGCGCUUUGUUCAAAACUCGUAUCUCGGCGGCUACGAUGAAGCUCGACACGUACGAAGCGAUCAAAGAGAAGCUGAAUUCGCUCGAACGUCGAAGUUGUCUGGCCGAGUUGCGAUCGUGUUUUCCGGACGUCGGCGAGGACACCCUGCGCCACAUCAUAUCGACCGAAGUACAGCGGAAUAUCAAAAGUACGUACCACACGCUAGUGUCACCCGAAGUCUCUGGUAAACAUUACAGCUAUUACAGUUGGUGUGUCGCGGCGUCAGAGAAGCCUGGCUUUCUCCUGCGCUACGCCGAUGAACAGGGAGUCUCUCCGGCGCUCAUGGCACGCCUCAUGAUCGAGAAACACUACGAAAAGACAGCGGAGCCUCCUUCUAAGCAAGAGCUGAACCAAAUGCUGAAGGACAGUGGCACUAUCGGCGACGGUGCCCUGGCGACCGAAGUGUUCAUUUGCGUAGUCAACGACAAGACCUACGGACCGUUCGCCGACGCGAUGAAAAACGCCGUCGGUUUGGAGUACGAGCUUCGACUCAAGACGGAGCUCGCCGACCUGAAGCUGGCCUUCGUGGACGAGAACGCGCUACGAGACCGCGGCUUCGACAAGACGCCAGACGUGAAGCUCGAGGUUCCCAUCGUAAUCGAUGGCAGCGUGGUGACGUGGGUGGAGAGCAAGGCGCAGUUCGGCGAUCCCGAAGGCCACAGGGCCUACGUGCGCGACCAGUACCAGAGUUACUCGAACCGCUUCGGUCGAGGCCUGGUCAUCUACUGGUUCGGCUUUGUCGACGAGAUAGUCUCCACCCGCGACGAGGGAUUCCUAGUUCGAGACCACAUGCCCAAAAACAUUACGCGGAUGGAAGAGUUUCCUUUUAUGCAGAUGGAAGAGCUUACCUUAAGUGAUAUGUGCCAAACGUUCUGCACGAAACGUCACCGCGACUCAACGGUCGGCGGGGCAACAACGUCCCAGCUGCAUUAGACACCAAAUCCCAGACAACAGGCAGCUGUCCUUCAAUGAAAGGAGCCAUUCGCCAAUCCUUUUUAAUGGAAA